UCACAGCGCUCUUUCGUUGUUUUGCUAGUUGCUAGCUUGCUGCUAGCUAACUAAUGGUUUAUCAUAAUUCGGAUGGUUUCGUUUUCGAUGCGUUGCUAGUGUCCUUCUUAGACUGAAAGGGUUAGCUCUAAAUCGGAAUAUUUUGUGCUUUCAUCUGUCUAGCUGACACCUCCGUUCUCUUUUGCUACCCUAACAUGACUUCUCGGCGACCGGAAAGCUUUGAUGGUUUAGGUUACAGGGGAAGGGACGAUCCUUCCUAUGGUGGGUACGCUGGAAGGUCAUUUAAUAACUCGUCAGGCGCAGAUCUCCAGCAUUGGGUAACAACACCCCCAGAUAUUCCCGGUAGCAGAAAUCUGCAUUAUGGGGAGCGGACGCCCCAGUUUGAAACAGCCCCACCUGCAGCCCCUGGAUCUGAAGACGCGCAGUCUGCUUCUGGACCAUCUGAGCAGUUAAACAGAUUUGCUGGAUUUGGUAUAGGGCUCGCAAGUCUCUUCACAGAAAAUGUCCUGGCACACCCUUGCAUUGUGUUUCGUCGUCAGUGUCAGGUGAAUUAUCACGCAAGGAAUUACCAUCUGUCACCCUUCACUGCCGUCAGCGUGAUGUACAAUGUCACCAAAACCCAGGGUCCAAAGGCUCUAUGGAAAGGGAUGGGCAGCACGUUUGUAGUGCAGGGGGUCACACUUGGCGCAGAGGGCCUUAUCAGUGAAUGCACUCCUCUGCCAAGGGAAUUGUCACACAAAUGGAAUCCAAAGCAAGUGGUUGGACACUUAGUACUUAAAGGUUUGACCUAUGUGGUUGCAAUGCCAUUUUACUCAGCAAGCCUCAUCGAAACAGUACAGAGCGAGAUCAUCCGGGACAACCCCGGCAUCCUGGACUGCGUGAAGGAGGGCUUUGGCCGGGUGAUGGGUAUGGGCAUCCCCCACAGCAAGAGGCUGCUGCCCCUGUGGAGCCUGGUGUUCCCCACGGUCCUGCAUGGGGUCCUGCACUACAUCAUCAGCUCCGCCGUGCAGAAGACAGUGCUGUUCCUCCUGCGCAGGAAGAGCCCGUCCAGACAGCCCGCCGAGGGGCCCGACGCUGUCCAGAGCAUGCUGGACGCCUACUUCCCUGAACUCAUGGCCAGCUUUGCGGCCAGCCUGUGCGCUGACGUCCUUCUCUUCCCCCUGGAGACCGUCCUCCACCGGCUCCACAUCCAAGGCACGCGCACCAUCAUCGACAACACGGACCUGGGCUUCGAGGUCCUGCCCAUCAACACCCAGUAUGAGGGCAUGAGAGACUGCAUCAACAUCAUCCGGAGAGAGGAGGGAGCCAUGGGCUUUUAUAAAGGGUUUGGGUCUAUUGUGGUUCAGUACUCGCUACACGCAGCCGUGCUCCAGAUAACCAAGAUGAUUUAUUCAACAUGGUUGCAAAAUGCUUAAAGUGCCCAAACUCCCAUUUGAUUGGUCCUUCUUCAGCUACUGAUCUUUGUGUUUUUUUGGUGGGGCAUUUGGGCUGGUGUGCAUUCCAGAAAAUAUCUCUAGAUACAGUAACCUGUAGAGAUCAUAUAUUCCCCAUAAGCACAUGUCAAAUCUUGCUGUCAAGGCCACAUCAGCUUGCAUAGUUUUCUGCCGCUAACUAUUGAAUCAAAAGCUUGACGUUGAGGAACAUCCCUUUCUUGGUACGAGUAGAAUGGCAGUGUACCGCUUCAACAAAAUAGUCACCUUAGUCCAGUCAUGUCUUGCCAAUAUAAUGUGAAGUAUUGUUGGUUUUCAUUACAAAUCAUGUAUGUUUGCUCUCUAACUCUUUCUCCCUUGUGAAAUAGCUCAAUAGCUCAAUUCAUUAAAAAGAACUUCAGUCUGCCUGGUAUGAAUGUGGCACUUUGUUGCUUUUUGAUUUUCCUCAAUAGGACAAGAUGAUGCAUUGUGCCAAUUUCCAACAAGACAUGUACAGUGUGUACAGUAAAAUUAUUAUAGAUGUGAUAUUUGUCUUUAAUUUAUUAUUUGCACCUCAGUUUCUAGUAAUGUGUUACUUAUGAUGAAGUGUUUCAUAAUUUUCAAAUUUUGCAUCCAAAGUACAUUGCAAAUUGACAUAAGAUAUUGACAUAUCACUAUAUAUAGCACUAACAGAAUAAUUGCACUUGAAGCAGAUGGUUGGAAGUUCAGGGAUGUUAGGUAGUGAUAAGCAGAGACUUCUUUUGUACAUACAUUUGCUUUUGCUGCUUAAUGAUUGGAGGUUUCCAACUCCACAUUGUUAAUUUUGAGACUGUCACCUAAAAUAAAUGUCUGAAAAUAUUGUGUCUGGUUGAUUCAUAUCAUGAUGUGCUGUCCACAUCACUGCAAUAUUAGU